AUGGGGCAACGCACAGCAAAAGGACCUGAUCAGGUGUGUGGUGUCAUUCCCAGGUAAGGUAGCCUCCUUUAUACAAUUCAACAAGGCAGGUUUUGAAGCAGCAAAAUACUAAUUUAUGUGUACAUUUCUAAUAUUGCAUGCAUUUUGCUUACCAUAUGUAUAUAUGGUGGGUGAAGAGAUUCAGGUGCAUUAUCCCACAGCCGGGUUGGAUUUUAGUUUACUCCGCUUAUUUCAAAGGAACUCACAAGUAAGUGCGCACAGGACUGCAGCAUCCUUACAAGAACCCUGUAAGAUAGGUCAGCCCUGUUAUCCUAUAAUGACAGGUGUAAGGGAAGAAGGGUGACACUGAGGAAAUGUGACUCACCCAAGACCACAUAUUGCAGAAGUGAGAAUGACCUAAAGACUUCACAGCACACAGCUCACACGCUUAGCUACUACACAGAUCAGCUCUGGUAACAGAACAACUGAAUGCUGUGCAACACUCUGGGAGAUCUACUGAAAUUGCAUAUUGUCUUUAAAAUGCUGCAAUUUUUUGACUAAUUUUUGCCACACAUUUCUCUAGCUUUAAUUCUGCUUUGGCCUUAGAGAAGCCUCAUGUGAUUAAGAAAAAAUAAAGCAAAACAAAUUGUUACUUAGCAAAGCUGAAAGCAAUUUGAAAAGUAUUGUACAAACAAUCUCUUGUCAUUUCAAAACUAACAUCAGAAACUGAAACUUAUAUUCAUCUAUAGAGACCAGGCAUUUACUUAUGCCUGUGUCAUAUCACACACAAGUUUAACUUGUGCUCAUGCUCAUCUGAAAGUCCCAAGUAAGCAUUUUGAAUAUACACGGCUUUGUAGCAGCUGAUCUAGAAAAUCACAAAAUGACACCUAAAUUGUGUCAUCAUCCCACAAUUAUAUUUGUUGCUCAUGGUGUGGUGAAAUCUGCAUGGAACAUCACUUUGUGAAAGAGCCCAAUAUGAAUGCACUUCCUUGGCAGCAGUGUGAUAGCAAGGUAAAAUUUCUGAUUGAUAAUGAAUUCUGUGUGGCAUUCUCUCAUUCUGAUAUAAUUGCAAGCAAUUGCUGAAAAACAGGGAAAUACUUUCAGUGAAGCAGCUUAAGGAAAAGAAUUUUUUUAAGACGGGGGGGUUGAAAAAUGAGGGCUCCUUGUAGGAAUGAAUCUUAACAAGUUCAUAGUAAUACUAUGGCAAGUUUAAAAAGCUAAUUUAAGAAGCCUCUUUCUAGGGCAAAUGACUUAAUCUAAUCCUAAAUACACUUACAAACAUAAUAUCAGCCCUACUGGAUCAUGCCGAAGUCCCAUCUUCAUGCUGAAGACCCUAAGCUGACUGAAUGCUUAUUAAGUCACAGAAGGCUACCUGUCAAGCAGCAGUGAAGGUGACAAAAGAGAAUUACUUUGCCGCCUCUGUUGCAUCCUCAAAGAGCUGUCUGGCAGAGUUGUUUUGAAUAGUCCAAAGGCUGCUCAUUACCAGAAGCGGUAGACGGACCUCUGGAGCCCUCAGCAGCAUGCUGUGAUCAGUUUUCACAGCACUUUGAGGAUAAAGUAACUCAGCUCCAUAGUGCCUUGGGUGUCACCGUCAUUGCAGUUCCACCUGAGGUGUCAUAUAUAAUGCCUUCCCAUGCUCUGCGGGAUCAGAUUCAAUUUGCAUGGCCCAAUGAUUUGGACAAGACUCUUACAAAGAUGUGCUUCUUGCUCUCAUGAACCAUGUGCACAACCAGGCUGUGGUGAGUGCAUCUUUAUGUGAUGGAAUGAUGCCUGCUUCUCUUAAACAAGUGGCAGUGUGUUCACUCCUGAAGAAGCCCAUUCCGGUUUCUAUAAUUUAUAAUUAUAGAACCACCCAGUUGCAAUUACAGUUGUACCUCAGGUUACAGAUGCUUCAGGUUACAUACGCUUCAGGUUACAGACUCUGCUAACCUCGGGUUAAGAACUUUGCUUCAGGUUGAGAACAGAAAUCGUGCUACGGCAGCGCGGCAGCAGCGGGAGGCCCCAUUAGCUAAAGUGGUGCUUCAGGUUAAGAACAGUUUCAGGUUAAGAACGGACCUCCGGAACGAAUUAAGUACGUAACCAGAGGGACCACUGUACCCCUUUUGGGGACAAGGUGGUGAAGAAAGUAAUGGCUGAGCAGUUGCAGAAGUUCCUGGGGGGUACAGAUUAUUUAGAUCCACCUCAAUCUGGUUUCAGGCACAAUUUUGGGACUUAAUCAACCUUGAUUGCUACUGGAUACCAGUUGCUGGAAACCACAGGUAAGCAGAGUGCUGUUGCACUCAUUUUGACUUGCAGGCAUCUGGCUGGCCACUGCGAGAACAGGAUGCUAGAUUAGAUGGGCCAUUAGCUGAUUCAGCAGGCUCUUAGGUUUUUAUGCUCAGAGCCAUAUAGCUUCACAAGGUUGCAACUUUUCUCUGAGAAAGCCCUACUGUCUUUAAUGUGCUGAACAACGGGCAGAAAUUUAAGUUAUGACUCUUCCUAGCAUCAAGAGUACACUGCCUAUUGAAUUUCUACCUAUCAUUCAGUUGUUAAACUCCACUAGAAGUCGCUCUAUUUAGCUACAGCCUUCAAGUGCAAUACACAGGACCAGAACAGCAUAAGAACCUAACAUAAGAUCCAAAUUAAAUAUUUCUAGCAAGUGUACUUAGGAAUAAGCCUUUCAUGAUUUCCAUGAAUGGAAGUCUUGUCACUAAAAUCACUUAGUAGGAAUAAUUUGUACUGAACUCAGUGAGACUUACUGCUAAGUAAACAUGUUUAGGAUGUUUAGCAUUGUGCUGUAAGUAUGUUUAGGAUUAGGACUGCAAUAUCAAUUCCCUUUACAGGCUAAAGUUACUAGAGUAAUUAUUAAAAUUGGAAUCAUCUGAAGCUGAUUGGAGUUUGUCAUGUGAGAUUAAAUGCAGCUAUUUAUGAGAAGGAAACAUGAACUUGGAGGCAAAAGGAGAACAAAGUCAAGAAAACCUACUUAAUCCUUUGUCUUGGAAGAAACUGUGUUGCCUAACCUUCUUUUGAAAUAAUUAUGCCAUCCCCUCUUCCACAUAGUCGUCUUCUCCAUCUGGAAUUUUCUCCAUCUGUGGAAACACGACCCUGUAGUAGUCCCUUGGUGUUUCCUGCCAAACGUGAAAAACUCUUGUUGGGGGAAGGUCCAUUGCCUAGGGCUCGUCGGCUACCCUCUCGUGUAGCUUGGUGUUCUAUAGACUGGGAUCAGUUGUGCCUGCUGCACCCUCUAGGUUCUGGUGGCUUUGGUUCUGUCUACAAGGCUACAUACCAUGGAGCUACAGUGGCUGUAAAGCAGGUAAAAAAAUGCAGUAAGAACCGUUUGGCAUCACGGCAGAGCUUCUGGGCAGAACUAAAUGCAGCACGCCUUGAUCACAAAAAUGUGGUGCGUAUAGUGGCUGCUAGCACAUGUGCCCCUGGCAAUGAGGAUAGUUUGGGCACCAUAAUAAUGGAGUAUGUAGGAAAUCGGACUCUGGACCAUGUUAUCUAUGGGACUGGCUGUAUAACAGCUAAAAAGAAAGAUGAUCAGUUGAGUAUAGCUCAGUGUCUGGGCUACUCCUGUGACAUUAUGGCAGGCUUAGUGUUUCUCCAUUCACAUUUGAUUGUGCAUCUGGAUUUGAAACCUGCCAACAUAUUCAUCACUGAACACAAUGUUUGCAAGAUUGGAGACUUUGGAUGUUCCCAAAAGCUACAGAAUGCUGCAUCCGACCCACAACUUUGUCAACAAGGGGGAACAUACACCCACCGUGCUCCUGAACUCCUUAAAGGUGAGCGAGUCAACCCCAAGGCAGACAUCUACUCUUUUGCCAUCACCCUCUGGCAAAUGGUUACACAGCAAGAGCCUUAUUCGGGUGAGCGCCAGUAUGUACUCUACUCUGUUGUAGCUUAUAACCUGCGCCCUUCUCUGACUGCAGCUGUGUUUAGAGAAUCAACCACUGGCCAAAGGCUUGAAAAUAUAAUUGGAAGCUGUUGGAGAGCUGAUGUAGCAGAGCGUCCUAGUGCAGAACUUCUCCUUCACAAUCUUCAGUCCCUGUCUCUAAUAGUAUAA